UGAUUUCUCCGAAACCCAUCUGCCAUUAAACCACUCUCAUCUCUCUCAACCACAAUCCUUCCGAUCUCGAAUCCAUUUUAUACUCAGAUCAUAAUCCCCAUYUCCAUCACUAAUCGAUCGAUCCAAUGGAAGAUUCAAAUACCCUAAAAGAAACCGAUUCAUCCCACAAUUUCUUCAGUUUCCUCAGCUCCGAUUUGACUGAACUCGUCUUAUCUCACCUCCCAAUCCGUUCAAUCAUCCGUUGCUCCGCCGUCUGCAAGCUCUGGCACUCAAUCACCACCGCGCCACCGUUCUCCGCCUCCGCCGCCGCCGCAAGAACCCCAUGGUUCUUCCUCUACGGCCAGAACAACAUUUUCAUGAAGAACAAUCAAGCAUUUGCAUUCGAUCCAGAUUCAAACGAGUGGAUCAAACUCUCCCCAACUCUUUUCCCAUUUUCGAUUUCGCAGGAAUCGUCGUUCAUCGGCUCCGGCGGGUUCUUCUUCAACACCACCGCGAAUAAUUUCAGUUUUACCCCAAUUUUGAAACCUUCGUGGCGAGAAACAACUCCUUUGAGAUUCUCCCGAUCAAACCCUCUUAUAGGUGUUAUCGAUCACGGGUUUGCAUCGAAUUUGAAUCCAAAUAAUGGGUCUCAAUCGAAUUUGAAUCUGCCUAGAAUUAUUGUUGUGGGUGGUGUUAGAUUCAUCGGUGGAUUGGUUGAUAUUGAAGAUAGGUUGGCCGUUGAAAUCUAUAACCCUAGUUUAGAUUCGUGGGAUCUAUCGCCGCCGUUGCCGGCGGACUUCCGGUCAGGUAAUUCUUCCCAAUCGUUAUCAUCGGCUCAAUUCCGAGGGAAAUUCUACGUGUUUGGUAUAUAUUCAUGUUUCAUUUCAUCGUUUGAUUUGAACAAUCGAGUUUGGAGUGAAGUUCAGACACUCCGGCCACCGGGUGUGAUCAUAUCGUUCUUGAUCUCUUGCCGGAAUCAGCUCGUAUUGGCCGGAUUAUGCAACGCUCCUCGUGGGCCUUCGUUUAAUCUAUGGAGAAUCGAUGAAUCGACAAUGGAGUUCAGUGAAUUCGCGAUUAUGCCUCAGGAUUUGCUUAAUUGUUUGUUCGAUCGCGAUGAAGAUGAUAACUUCGCUAGCUUGAAAUGUGUUGGAUUUGGGAAUUUUAUCUUUUUAUUCAAUGAAGAACAUCGCCGGAAUUACCCAGCUUGUGUGUGUGAAAUUAGCUCCGAUUCCGGCGAGUGUSGAUGGAGGAGGGUCCCGGAUUUACCCGAACCGGUGAAUCGCUUCCAUAAAGUCGUCAGUUUUUGUUCCACUAUUUCGCUUAACCGGAUUCUAYGUGCAUAAAAUGUAAUUACCGAUUACCCUCGACUCAUAUUUUAUAAAAAUCGAUUCUAUCCCUGUAUUUCUAUAUUUAGGGUUUAGCGUUUAGAGUUUAAGGAUUCAAGCCGAAAAGCUUAGGGUUUCAUCGUUUCAAGAUGCACUUCAAAUGGCCUCAUGAGUUGCACUUUGUUGCCAUUGGGUUGGAUUGCAAUAUCUUUUGUGUUUUAGAGUUUAGGGUUUAGGGUUUUGUUAUUUACGAGCAUCUUUAAUGAAUGAUCAAAGAAACCCUAAAAAUUACAAAUUAAAUACGCCCAAAAUCCUGAAAUCCCGAAAACA